AUAGCCGAAACGCAUAAUGACCGAAUCACAAACACCAUCACCAUGGUCCAAGCCCUUGCAUUCCUCGUCGUCCUCACCUUGGCCUUGGUCAAUGGUGAGGCCGUGCUCAAACUUGGAGAGUUCCAACCCUUAUCCAAUGGAGUGGCUGGUGAAAUCCACGCUGAAACUGACAAGAUCUUGGUGAUCAAAAACUUCAUGUACGAUGGGAAGGCUCCAGAUGCCUACUUCUACGCCGGAACCUCGGGCAACCCAAGCUCCAAUGGUUUCUUGCUGGAAUACCCACCUGGAUCCACUGCUCCCUUGGGUGCAUUCGAUGGAAGCCAAGGCGACAUCACUUUUGAGCUGCCAGGCAAUAUCAAGGUCACGGAUCUGGCCUGGAUUUCGGUUUGGUGCGAGGACCUGGCCAUUGACUUUGGCAACAUGUAUUUCGAUCAAGAAGCCAUCGGCGAGGCUGAACCAAACGCUGAAGGUGGAGGAGAACCCGAGGGUGAAGCUGAAGUCGAGGGAGGUCUCGACUGAUUUGACCUUGUAGGUGGCCCUGGGAAAAACGUUUGAUUAUUUCGCAGAGUAUCUAGUGACCUGACCCAAACCUCGCCCGAUUGAUGUGUAUUCGAAUUCUAAGCUGUUUUAAAACGUUCGUUUUCACCAAACCAUUGGUCCUAUCCGUUCCACAAAUCCUCUGAGGAAUCAUAUUUUUUGAUGUAACGAAGUUUCUGUGCUUGAACCAACACGAGGAUAAAUCUUCAAUCCCUCCCAUGUGAUUUCCAUUAUUUUAGAAUAAACCUGAGUCUCUUUGUCAAACAUGGACGAAAAAGGGACACGCUUACUCA